UUAACGUUCAAAGAAUUGAAUGCUAUGAUAGACAAAAUUGUAGAUCCCAUAAUGCAAAACGUGAAACUUACGGUUGUGGGAGACGGAGCAGUAGGCAAGAGUUGUCUCCUCAUUGCGUACACGACAAAUAUGUUCCCUGGGGAAUACAUCCCCACCGUGUUCGACAACUACAGCGCCAAUGUCAUGGUGGACGGCAAACCGGUCAAUCUCGGUCUGUGGGACACAGCCGGACAGGAAGAUUACGACAGACUUAGGCCAUUGGCGUACCCACAAACGGACGUGUUUUUCGUGUGUUUUGAUCUUAGCAACACUACAUCAUUUGAAAACAUCGAAUCAAAAUGGCUUCCGGAAGUCCGACACUAUUGCCCGGGUGUUCCGAUUAUAUUGGUGGGAUGCAAAGCAGACCUUCCUAAAAGAGUGUCAAUAGACGAUGUUAUGUCGUUAGCCAAGCGAUAUGGGCUGAAAUACAAGGAGACCAGCGCACUUUUACAGUCUGGACUGAAGGACUGUUUUGAUCAAGCGAUCAGGGAAGCUUUAGUAAUGCAAACAAAACCCAAGAAAACUAGAGGAUUGUUCGGUUCCAAGAAGGCUGGGAAGACGAUACCUGAUCCACCCGUGAUGCCUCAGACAGGCUUUGCUCCGAGCAUCGAGAUUAUGACCUCCACGUUCGACACCGAUUGGUACCGCAUGCUUCAGGACCCAAAACACUGUGACGUCACGAUUGUCCUUGGCGACAAACAUCGCCUGGAUGCGCAUUCAUUGGUUCUAUGUGCAGCCUCAAAAAUGUUCGCCAAAGUUUUAGGAGUUUCAAAGCCGAUAAAGAACAAUCAAAUGAAGGAAAUCAACGCGAUAGACAACUUUACGUACGAACAGCUGAAUUCUGGUGCCGUACAGGGCAUCGCUGCAGUCUACAAGAGGGAUGAUGAUGACACGACCAAGGGUAGCCCCACACGAGGCCACACGUUGGUAGAGCUGAGUGCAGACAUAUCUGCCAAGACAUUCGUGAGAGUCCUUGAGUUUUUGUACACAGGCUUGCCACAUUUUCCCGACGCCAGUGAGGCUAGCGAGGAGGAGAUAAAAGAACUCGACCGCGUGGCGGCCAUCUUUAAGCUAUCCUACCUUCAAACCAUCUGCCAGAACAUGCUGACCGAGCAGGAGUUCCUUAACCCCAGCAUAGGAACCUACCUUAGUAACGAAACAGGUGCCAGGAUGAAAGAGCUAUUUUUCAACCAAGCGGAAGGCGCGGAUGUCAUGUUUGACAUUGAAGGUUCCAAAGUGUAUGCCCACAAGUGUGUGUUGACUGCAAGAUGUGAGGUCAUGGCGGCCAUGUUUGGCGGGCACUUCAUGGAGAGCUUCUCGAAGAAUCUUACAGAGAUUCGUAUUCCGAACACCACAAAGGAAACAUUCGUUGCCUUUCUAGAGUAUCUGUACACCGACCAUUCCCCCAUCGAGGACUCAGACGCCGUCGGCAUCAUGGUGCUAGCCGACGAAUACGGACAGAAACGGCUCGUGAAUUUGUGCGAACUGUACAUUACCAAAGAAGUGGACAGAAGCGUCAGUAAACGGAUAGAAAAAUCAGAAAUCGACGUCAUCGGCAUUCUCCUGACGUCGCAGACCUUCAACGCAGCACAGCUAGAAAAGUGGUGUCUAUUCUUUAUAUCUAGCAACUAUUUGGCUUUCGAGAAGAGGCCUGAAUUCCCUUUGUUGAAGGGUGAAAAUCGAAAACACGUCGAUGAAAACAGAUGGCCACCAGUGUCCUACUUAAAGGAGAUUGAAGAAUACGACCGGAAGUACGGUUCAAAUGCGGGAAAUAAUGGAUGCUCUGUUAUGUGACGUUGCCAAAAGUACAAAUUGUUGGGACAAUGGUGAUAUGGCGAACGUGGCUAUUCAUAUUUAGAAAGCUGUUCGCGUGAAUUGAAAUAAACAAAACCAACUUGCUGGUGUGUGCAGUUCUAAAUGUGUUUCGGCUUAAAUAGUUUGUCUUAGUGUCUAAAGUGGAUAUAGUGUAUUACGUGAAAAAGAAUUCUUCAACAAGUCUAAAGAAGACGAAUAUUCUUAAAACUGUAAUGUUCUGAUUGUAUAAUGCAGUUCAAUGUGUCACUGAUUCAGCGCCUCGUUUUACACAAUUCUGCAUGUUGACCAACUUAUUUUUGGAAUAUCGGUAGCAACACUUGAAGACUGUAUAUAUUCAAAUGCUGAACACAUUCUAUAUUCUAAAGCCAAGUUAUUUGUUGGUGAAUACGUGCCCCGAGUUUUCUUGAACUUAAACAAUAUACAUUUGUGUUAAAUGGAUAGUAUGCAUUAUAAUACCAUAUUUUGCAAAAAUGACAUACUUUUAUAAAAUUGGAUGAACUAACACAAUAGGAUUUGUGUAAUUAACAUUACAAUAUUGUAUGUACAAAAACAUAUGUAUACCUGAAUUUAAAUUAAUAUUUAUUUUGUAU